AUGCGUUCCUUCAGGCUUCUCUGGCUUUUCACAGCUGCCAAAUGGGCCAACGGUCUCACCUACGAAAUACCCUCAUCCCCUCCUGCGGGGGCAAAUAAGAUCGAUCAGACCCCAGUGGGAGUUUCGAUUGAAUUUUUCGCGUUCCCGGAUUAUAUCGAAAAACUUCCACUGACGAAAUCAUGUCUCGCCACUCUCGAAGACGUACUGGGAGCCAGACCUCCGAUCCGGAUUGGUGGGACAACGCAGGAUCGUGCCUUAUAUGAUGCUUCUCUACAAACAGCAGUGAAGUACACGGUUGCUUCGCCCGACGAUGCACCCGAGUCGCUCACUUUCGGGGACCGAUUUAUGGAGCUGGCAGGCUCGUAUGAGGGCAAAGUCACCAUCGGGCUGAACCGACGCCUAGACGACGUCGACAAUACCAUAGCAGCGGCUAAGGUAGUCAAGUCCCAAGUGACCAACUUGUAUGCAAUUGAGUUGGGAAAUGAGCCAAACUUCUUCAAAUCAAGUGACCCUAUCGCCCACGGGAAAUCUUGGACUGCCGCAGCGGACGCCGCAUCGCAGGUCUCCUGGCAGGCAUCCGUAAGUGAAGGGUUGGGCGACGAGAAAUCCUUCGUUCAGGCUGGUGUCUUCUUCGAUACCGAGUCAUUCACUGCGAAGAACCUCGCAGCUAAAGAAGAAGAAACUGGCUCAACGGGAUACGUGCGGUCGUUCUGCCAUCAUUUCUAUCCACAGUCCUCUUCUAAUGCCAAUCUGAGCCGAUUGAUCGAUCACGCGGAAAUAGUGGAAGGGGUCGCCAUCUUUGAUUCCCAGGUUGCGGCAGCGCAGGAGUUGAAUCUCGAUUUAAUUAUGGGAGAAACCAACUCGGCCACGCAAGGAGGCGGUGGCAUCAGUCCCACAUACGGCGCAGGGCUUUGGAUCCUAGACUACAUCAUGCAGUCCACGAUGAAGGGAAUCCAGGUUGGUUUUUCCAACACUAUAACCUUCAAGUUUUCGGUUAUAUUAACCCCGCAUAGCAACUCUAUUUCCACCAAGGGACGAUCGGAAACUGGCACAGGUCAAUACUGUUGGUGGCAAGAGUCGGUAAACGCCCCGUUCUACGGGGCUUAUACUGCGGCCUUAGCGCUGUCCGGCGCAUCGCAAAUCGCCCAGCUUGACAACGGAGAUAGUCGGUACGCCGGAUACGUGAUCUACGACACGGAUGGCACCCCCACCCGCAUCCUGCUGUAUAACUCGGACUACUAUACGUCGGGAACACGUAGUCACGUCAAAGUCACCUUGACUGGACUAUCGUCGGACUCCAACGUAUCGGCCAAGCGAUUGACGGCGGCUGCUGCGACGGUAGUGGGACAUGAAGGAAUCAGUGUUGGGGGCCAGAGCUUCCGCGGCGGAACCUGCGAGCUCGCUGGUGCGGAGGAUUACGAAGUGAUCGGGGUGGAGACCGGUCAGGCGGACGUUGAAGUGGGAGCGUCCGAGGCGUUGUUGAUUUACUUUACACCUGUCCCCCGUGCCUGGCAUUGCUGUGUCACUCCGUCCACCUGGUUCACUGCCGAUCCCCAAAGCUUAAAUCCGAACACCAUGAGCGACACGAGCGAGAAAACCCAAAUCGGUGCCGCCGAGGAAGGCAAGCAGAUCGAUGCUCCUCCUGCGCCCGUCUCGUUCUUUGAUCCGGCCCUGAAAGAUGUUCGCCGGUCAGUGGCAUUCGGAUGGGCUCGAAUGGUCCUGAUCCUAUGUGUCUUCGUCCUCUGCGUCCUGUCGCUCUUCUGGUCGUCCCAAUUCAAGGUCCAGGAACACCUGUCCAAUUUGCCCGUCUGGGUCGUCGACUUCGAUGGCCAAUUGGAUCCCUAUCAGAACCAGGACCAGGAUCCCAUCGUGGGACCUGCCGUGACCGACAUGGUGUCCUCCAUAGUCAAUUCCAACCCUCAGACCGUGGGAUUCGCAAUUAAAUCGCCCGCCGAGUUUGAUUACGACCCCGUGGCCGUCCGACAGGGAGUGUACGAUGAGCACGCCUACGCCGCCGUGAUCGUGAAGGCUGGCGCAUCCGCUCUUCUACGCUCCGCCGUCUCCAACGGAAACUCCUCAUACGACCCCACCGAGGCAGUGGAAUUCGUCAUCAUCAGCGCCCGCGAUGAGAACACCUACAUGGCCUACAUCACCCCGGCUCUGGACUCGCUGGAACGCGCUGUCUUGGCCGACUUUGGUCCUCGCUGGGUGCAGACGGUCGCGCAGGAGUCGCGCAACAUCUCGCGAGUGCCGCAAGCCGUGAACCCGGCCAUCGGAUUCAGCACGCUCGAUCUCCGCCCGUUCGCGCCCGCCGUGGCGACCCCCGCCGUGACGAUCGGCCUGAUCUAUCUGAUCAUCAUCGCCUUCUUCAACUUCCCGUUCCUUAUGCCGUUCCACAUGCAAUUCAUGAAAGGCAACCACCCGCCGCUGAAAGUCGGCCAGUGGCUCGCAUGGCGCAUCAUCUCCAACAUCGUCGCCUACUUCUUCCUGUCGCUCUUCUACUCCCUCGUCUCGUUGGCCUUCCAGAUCCCUUUCUCGAACGACCCCGCCCCGGAUACCGUCUCGGCGGCUAACCCGAACGCCUACGGCCGCGGCUCCUUCGUCGUCUUCUGGAUGCUGAACUGGGUCGGCAUGACGGCGCUUGGCUUCCCCUGUGAGAACAUGGCCAUGGUGCUGGGAUUCCCCUGGAGCUCGCUGUUCCUGAUCUUUUGGGUCAUUACCAACGUGGCGACGGGAUUUUACCCGUUAGAUCUGGCCCCUGGGUUCUUUAGAUGGGGUUAUGCUUGGCCCCUGCAUCGGAUCGUGGAAGCUCUCCGCACCAUCCUCUUCGGCAAACACUCCCGCAUCGGCCUCGACUUCGGCAUUCUUUUCAUCUGGAUUGCCGUGUCCAUCUGUUUUUACCCGGUCGCCGCAUUCAUCAUGCGCUGGAAACAGAAGCGCGGGUGGUAA